UAAGAUGCCGAGAUUCGCUUGUUUCUUCCUUCCCUCGCGCACCCUGCCUUGGAUGGUGAUGAGAUUUGCGUAGGAGUGCUUUAUUUCGCGGACUGUGUGUUGGUUUUCCGUCACCUACCGUUCAAACAACUUCAGACAAGCGCCGUGGAUCUAACUAUACGACUGAGUGCGCUCAAAAGUACUUGUGUUGGACUACAAAGAAUGUGGGCUAUGGAAAUAAAGUGCAGAGUAGAUUUGAUUUGCGACAGCUGAACGAAGAGUAGGGCCGACAAUUCAGCUACAGCCACUGUUUGCAUGUCGAUGUUGGGCAGUUUUUUUGAAUUUCCGAGUUUUUGGUUGCGUAUUUACAGACUGAGGUCGAAAGAAACCGAAUUAUAGAGGGGUCGAGACCUGAUCUCCCUGGAGUCACCAAUACUGUAUGUGGCCAGCUAGUUUCAUUUUGUCUCUGAAGGGUGUUGAUGGAGAGCCUUUCGAAUGACAGCCGGGACAGUGGUCAUCACUGGUGGAAUCCUAGCAACAGUAAUACUACUCCUUAUCAUCGCGGUACUGUGCUACUGUAGGCUGCAGUAUUAUUGUUGUAAGAAGGAGGAAUCCGAGUCGGAGGAGGAGGAGCCAGACUUUGCAGUCACAUCCCGCCUCCCUCCAGUCCACUCUAACCACAACAUUGUGGCGGCCACCGCUGCUGCCUCGGCCAUCCCUAAUGGCCCCGCCCUCUUCUCCACACCCCCUAUGGCCAGGAAACUGACACGCUCACAGACCUUCUGUCCCUCAUGUACACACUAUGAGCUGCCCUUUUACCUGCAGCCCCCACAGCCUCAGCCCCCGCCGCCCCAACUGCACCACCAGCCAGAUGGGCUGAGAAAUGGAGGGGAGCGCAUCAGCUACCGCAGCAUCCAACAGCAAGAGCUGGACCUGCCUGUGCCUGUGAACAUCACAAACUACCGCAAGCCUCAGUUGGCCCGCUCCGUCACCAUGAGAGACAUGUUCCAGCGCAGCUGUAGCAUCAGCACUGAUGUCUAGCUGUGGACAGUGUGUGUUGACAUGGGGCUGAGAAGUCAGGGACCUGCCACAGUCUUCUCUCAUGUAAUAUAGUGUCUACUGGUCUGCCCUCACAAUGGAGGACACAGAGGGCUCUCAGGACUGGAUUCUAUGGUACUAUGCGCUGGUCCCGGACCUUAAACUCAUUUUAAGUUGAAGUAAUGUUAUACUGUAAACUUUUAUUGUUUUCUUUUUAAAAUGUAUCUGUCUGAAUUCUUAAUUGCCCUACUUUCUCUGACCCGUAGAUGAUUGAUUGCCACUAUGUCAAAAACAUGAGCAGGAUUUUCUCUGCUAUAGCUGCUA